UUAAUUUGUUUUCUCUGUUUUGUUUCCUGUUGGGUUUGGUUCAGAUUUGGAAAUGAUGAAAGAAAGGUUUGCUAAGCUUCUUUUGGGUGAAGAUAUGUCUGGUGGAGGAAAGGGUGUUUCAUCAGCUCUGGCUUUGUCAAAUGCCAUUACCAACCUUGCAGCUUCUGUCUUUGGUGAGCAAAAGAGAUUGGAACCCAUGGCUCCAGAGAGGAAAGCAAGGUGGAGAAAAGAAAUUGAGUGGCUCUUAUCUGUUACUGAUCACAUUGUUGAAUUUGUCCCUUCACAACAGCAAACCAAAGAUGGAUCAAGUGUAGAGAUAAUGGUGACACGACAACGAACUGAUCUGCAUAUGAAUAUCCCUGCGCUGCGGAAACUUGAUGCUAUGCUCAUCGACUACCUAGAUAACUUUAAAGAUCAGAAUGAGUUCUGGUAUGUAUCAAGAGAUUCUGAUGAGGCUGAAAAUGGAAAUAGGAAGGAUGACAAAUGGUGGCUACCCACUGCUAAAGUCCCACCAGAGGGGCUUUCUGAUGUAUCAAGAAAAUGGAUACAGUUCCAAAAGGAAUCUGUGAACCAAAUACUAAAAGCAGCAAUGGCCAUAAAUGCUCAGGUUAUUUCAGAGAUGGCAAUCCCUGAAAACUAUAUUGAAUCCUUGCCAAAGAAUGGGAGAGCAAGCCUUGGGGACUCUAUAUAUAAGAGUAUCACAGUUGAAUACUUUGAUCCAGAGCAAUUCCUCUCCACCAUGGACCUUUCGACGGAACACAAGAUCCUAGACCUUAAGAAUAGGAUUGAAGCAUCUAUUGUAAUUUGGAAGAGGAAGAUGAUCCACAAAGAUGGAAAGUCUUCAUGGGGUUCAGCAGUGAGUUUGGAAAAGAGGGAACUCUUUGAAGAGAGAGCAGAGAGCAUUCUAGUCCUUAUAAAGCAGAGGUUCCCUGGCAUUCCACAAUCAUCACUCGACAUAAGUAAAAUUCAAUACAAUCGGGAUGUGGGACAGGCUGUUCUAGAGAGCUAUUCAAGGAUACUUGAAAGCUUGGCUUUCACAGUCAUGUCAAGAAUUGAAGAUGUUCUCUAUGCUGAUUCCUUGGCUAAGGAUCCAUCGUUGGCUGAGUCAGGCAGAAAACCUUCAGUGGAUUCCUUGCCGUCGAUAGGGUGUGUAAAGUUUCCAGAUCCUGAAGAAGAGAUUCAGAAGUUGAAUUCCAUCGGGACGCCUACUUCAAUGACAUUAUCAGACUUUAUGGGUUGGCAUUUGGAUCAAGGAGAAACCGAGCCAAAGAAAGAUACAUCAGAGAGUAUAGAUGACAAUUGGAAAGAAGAUGAAGAAAAGCCUAUGACCAAACCUGCCAACAUUAAUGUUACCAACAAGAAACUUUCCUAUAUAGAGAAGCUUGAGAUUUUGGGUGGUUUGAGAAGUCCAACAGCUCGUCAUUAAAACAGAAAUAUAGAGAAAACUCAGAAAAGAAAGAGUGUUUAAGGAGAGAAAUAGUGAAAGAGAGUGAGGGGAGCUUGAAUUCCCAAUGUAAAUAUACUCAGACCCACAAAGAGUCUUUUAGACUCUAAUUGGUUUUGUUA